AUGGGCAAGAAACGAGUUCUAGUAGGCUACGGCGUCGACAUCGAUUCAGUCGCCGGCUGGCUAGGCUCCUACGGCGGCGAAGACAGCGUCAGCGACAUAAGUCGAGGUAAAUGCCCUCCCCUAGAACGCAAAACCAAAUAUUUACCUGAACCAGGCCUCUGGGCCGGCCACAUCGGCACCCCCCGCCUCCUAAACCUCUUCUCAAAACACAAUAUCAAAGCAACAUGGUUCAUCCCCGGCCACUCCCUAGAAACCUUCCCCGAAGAAUGCGCCCAAGUCCGGGACGCCGGCCACGAAAUCGGACUCCACGGCUACAGUCACGAAAACCCCGCUGCAAUGUCAAAAGAACAGCAGCACGACAUCCUCGAUAAAACAUAUCACCUCCUCAAGGAUUUCACCGGCAAGCCGCCACGCGGUAUCGUCGCGCCUUGGUGGGAGGCGAGCGCCGAGAUGGUCGAGCUUCUCCUCGCUUACGGGAUUGAGUAUGAUCAUUCGAUGUCGCAUCAUGAUUGUCAGAUGUACUGGUUGCGCACUGGUGAUUCGUGGACGAAGAUCAAUUACAAGGAGAAGGCAGAGACGUGGAUGAAGCCGCUCGUGAGGGGGCAGGAUACGGGGUUGGUGGAGAUUCCGGGGAGUUGGUAUAUUGAUGAUUUGCCGCCGAUGAUGUUUAUCAAGGGUUCGGCUAAUAGCCACGGGUGGGUGAAUCCGAGGGAUGUUGAGGAUAUUUGGAAGGAUCAUUUCGAUUACUUCUACAGGGAGUAUGAUGAGUUCGUUUUUCCUAUGACGAUUCAUCCGGAUGUCUCUGGCCGUCCGCAUGUGUUACUUAUGCAUGAGAGGAUUAUCGAGCACAUAAACAAACACGAGGGCGUCGAGUGGGUGACCUUUGAGCAGAUGGCUGAUGAGUUCAAGAAGAAGAAUAGCCCUCCUGAGGGUGCGCUGAUGCCUGCUGUUAACCCUGAUGUGUGA